CAACUGCUGUGUGAGGAGGGAGGAACUCCACAUUCUUAUAUAAAGCCAGUAUAUGGGCUGGCAGCAUUUAGUCAACGGAGCAGACAGACUGGCCUUGGACUGUACUGCGGACCCAGAAUGGCACAGAACGGAACAACAGAGAACGGAGUGGCUGAAGGGAUCACAGCUUUGCCUUUUCCUCAGCCUGUCAAAGUUCAGGAGAUCAGACACACCAAGAUCUUUAUCAACAAUGAAUGGCACAAAUCCAGCAGUGGAAAGACAUUUCCAACUUUUAACCCAGCGACAGGUGUCAAAAUCUGUGAUGUGGAAGAAGCAGACAAAGAAGAUGUGGACAGGGCGGUGGGGGCAGCCAAGGCGGCCGGGCAGAGAGGCUCUCCAUGGCGUAAAAUGGACACGUCCAGCCGUGGAAUUCUGCUGCACAAACUGGCUGACCUGAUGGAGAGGGACCGGCUCCUGCUGGCGACCCUGGAGACUCUGGACACUGGGAAGCCUUUUCUGCAGUCCUUCUUUAUUGACCUGGAUGGCAGUGUCAAAACCCUUCGUUACUAUGCAGGCUGGGCGGACAAGAUCCAUGGCAAGAGUCUGGCUGUUGAUGAAAGCUUCAUGUGUUUAACCAAACAUGAGCCUGUUGGCGUAUGUGGAGCUAUCAUUCCAUGGAACUUUCCUCUGCUGAUGUUCAUCUGGAAGAUGGCGCCGGCAUUGAGCGGUGGAAACACUGUGGUUAUCAAGCCAGCAGAGCAGACCCCCCUCACAGCCCUACACGUUGGAUCGCUCAUCAUAGAGGCGGGGUUCCCUCCUGGAGUAGUGAACAUCGUUCCGGGGUUUGGUCCCACAGCAGGAGCAGCCAUCGCCAGCCACAUGGACAUCAACAAAGUGGCCUUCACUGGCUCUACAGAGGUUGGCCAACUGAUCAAAGAAGCAUCAGCCAAAAGUAAUCUGAAGAGAGUGACUCUGGAGCUUGGAGGGAAGAACCCCUGCAUUGUGUUUGCUGACUGUGACUUGCAGCUGGCUGUGGAGGAAACUCAGAAAGGAGCUUUAUAUAACCAGGGUCAGUGCUGCACUGCUGCAUCACGUGUCUUUGUGGAUGAAAGUAUUUAUGAGGAGUUUGUGAGCCGCAGCAUAGAAAACGUCAAGAAGAUUGUCAUAGGAGACCCGCUGGACCCCCAGACAUCACACGGGCCACAGAUUGACCAACAGCACUUUGACAAGAUUAUGGACCUGAUAAAGAGUGGGAAGGAGGAGGGAGCCAGGCUGGAGUAUGGAGGAGCAGCUUUGGGCGAGAAGGGCCUCUUCAUUCAACCCACCAUCUUUUCUGGGGUCAAAGACCACAUGCGCAUCGCCAAGGAAGAAAUCUUCGGUCCAGUGCAGUGUAUAUUCAGCUUUAAAAGCCCGCAGGAGGCUAUAGAGCGAGCAAACAGCUCACAAUAUGGCCUGGUGUCAGCAGUCUUCACAAAAAGUAUGGACAGAGCUUUGUCUGUGUCUGCAGCCCUGGAGACUGGCACUGUCUGGAUAAAUUGCUAUAACGCCCUUCAUGCCCAGACUCCCUUUGGAGGAUAUAAGAUGUCAGGCAAUGGACGAGAGCUCGGAGAGUAUGCCCUGGCUGAGUACUCUGAGGUAAAAGCAGUGACCAUCAAACUGAGUGAAACUCUGUGAGAAGAGCUGCCUAAGAUGUCCAGCGCUCUGCACUGCCCAUUACAUCAUAACUUUCUCCAACGCACACACUCCCUUAUUUGUCUUUAGUCAAGCUCUUGAUGUUGAGUUAGGGUUAGGCCAAUAUGUCAUUUUGUUUAUACGGUAUAUCAGAGCCCAGCAAGAAUCAACGUUUACCUUCCCCAUGAUACUCUGUAGGUGACAAAAGGCUUCAAAACUGCUAAGGCUUAUUUACAGGUUUUAUUUUUCUAAGAAUUUUCCAAUAAUUUAUUCAGAACUUCCCUCGGACAAACAUAUGUAAUUUGGUACCACAGUAAUAUUGGGAAAAUAGAGACAGUUUUCAGUUGGUACAUUUAGACAAAUAACUGACUUAACUCAGACCAUAGAAGCUCAGCUGAACAUGCACAACUGUAACAUGUAUUUCCAGUCAAUGAUCAUUAAAGUUUCCAAUACUAAAUGAAAAUUGAAUGAAUAUUUACUUGGGUUUAAACGGGGAAUUUCUUUCAUUGGAAUUCCAAUUUUACGCAUAAUUAGUACCAAGCAACAGUGUUCUUUCUAGGAAAAUACCAAUCUGAAAUCAGACAAUAAUCAGUCAGGGGGAGAAUACAGCAGAGAAAAUCUGCUUAUAGAAAAUAGGAAAUAUUGGACAGGAUAGAAAAACACAAUGUAAUUCUGCUAAAUGGAACAUCACAUUCAUUGUUAAUUUCACUUGUUUUAAUUUUAAACAAAUUGUAUGUCUGAAUACAAUACACAUUUUCUACAGGCUCAGUCUGCCACUUUAAAAAAAAAUUAUUCCAGUGCUGGUUCCAUGGU